AGGGAGCCGGCUCGGACCAGGCCUCCAGCCCGUGAGGGAGAGCCCCCCGGGGGCGGGCCGCGGCGGCAUGCGGCUCCUCGGCCGGCCCGGCCCGCUGCGCAGCACUGCCCUGGCUGCCCGGCCGCCAGGGCGGCUCAGAGCGGGGCCGGCGGCGCGGAGGCGCUUCUCGGCCCGCGGGCGGCCUGGCGGCACCAUGGCAGAGGAGGCCAAGAAGCUGGCAGCCUUCGCCGCCGUGGACAAGCACGUCCAGAACAAUCAGGUCCUGGGCAUCGGGAGCGGCUCUACGGUCGUCCAUGCGGUGCAUCGAUUAGCCGAGAGGGUUAAAGAGGAGAACCUGAGCAUCGUCUGCAUCCCCACCUCUUUCCAGGCUCGGCAGCUGAUCCUGCAGAGCGGCUUAACCCUGAGCGACCUGGACAGGCACCCCGAGCUGGAUGUUGCCAUCGAUGGAGCAGAUGAGGUGGACUCUGACCUCAACCUCAUCAAAGGGGGCGGUGGCUGCUUGACCCAGGAGAAGAUAGUUGCAGGAUAUGCAAAGUGUUUCAUCGUUAUCGCUGACUACAGGAAAAGAUCCCAGAGCCUGGGGGAGCACUGGAAGAAGGGAAUUCCCAUCGAGGUUAUCCCCAUGGCUUACGUCCCUGUCACCAGAACCCUGACCAGGAGCUUCGGCGGCACCGCAGAGCUGCGGAUGGCAGUCAGCAAAGCGGGCCCUGUGGUGACAGACAAUGGGAACUUCAUCCUGGACUGGAAGUUUGACAAGGUCCACGACUGGAGGGAAGUCAACACUGCUAUCAAAAUGAUACCAGGUGUGGUGGAGACGGGGCUGUUCCUGGGCAUGGCACAGGCAGUCUACUUCGGCAUGGAGGACGGCUCGGUCAGCGUGUGCCAGCGCCAGCCCUGCUGACCCGCUGCUGCCCACUGCCAGGCUGCCACGCUGCCAACACCGCCCUUGCCUUACGCAGCAGCGCAGCCCGCGGCAGGACCUGCACCAGGCUGCACUGCUGCCACCCCGAAUGUGAUCUUCAGGAGCAAAGGGCAAGGCUCUGCUGCUGGAGAGCUCUGUGUUGACUGUUCUGGAGCAGUGGCUGCUCUGCAGAACCAGGGGCACCGACCUGCUUUAACCCUCGGAGCUGGGCUUCUGGGAGUGCUUCACCAAAAACAAUCUCCCUGGCUGCUGGCUUGGGUUGGAGCUGGGCUUCAGCACCUUGGGAACAGAACCUGAGCCCUUCUGGGUGCUGGCGGCGCUGGGUGGCCCAGGGCAGCAGUGCUGGCAGUGCUGGGUGACCCAGGGCAGCAGCAGCACCCUGCCCGCUCUGGCUGGGACAGCGAUGCACAGAGGAGCACAUGCAGUGGGGACCUGCUGAUGCCUUAUUUGGAGCCUUUUUGGUUCAGGAUUUGCUGCCUUUUAUUUUUCUACACCUUUUGUAAGCCCCUCGGGUCGUUGUCCCCUGUGCACCUGGCAGCUCUCUGCGCCUCUGCUGUCUCCACGGGCAUAAGUGAGGUCCUGUUCUGGGCCUCUGCCUGCAGGAGACGUUUCUUCUGUGGGCCCAAAGCUGCUCUCCCUGAUUUCAGUACCUCUGAGGAAAGUCUGUUCCUUUAGCUGGAGGUGUUUGAGGCUUUGCUGACCAAGAGAAAGCUUUGAGUGCUUGGUGGAGCUCAGAGAAGCAGCUCCCAGCAGCUUAGGGCUUGGUGGCAGCUGAAGGUUUCUUGUCCCCGUGGUGGCAGCUGGUUGGGCUGUGGAAGGGCAGAGCAGCAGGCACAGGGGAACGGAGUCUUCCUGCCCAGGUUUCCCACAUGUAGCAGGAGGGAGACUCUUCCAGCAUCUCGUGCUCGGCGUCCAGGUGCUUUGCAUGGUUCUGAUGCCCAGGUGCAAGCCCUCUCUCUGUGUGGUGGACUCCAAUAAAACUGUUCUACCGUU